AUGACAGUUGAUUUAAAUGUUCCUUAUUCAGCAUGUGAUUUAAAAAGAGUAAAGAGAUUGGAAUUGGGAGUAUUGGAUCCUGAAAUAAUAAAAAAAAUAAGUGUGUGUGAAAUAGUAAAUGUAGAUAUAUAUAAAGAUGGCUUACCAAGAGAAGGGGGUUUAAAUGAUAUAAGAAUGGGAACUAUUGAUUAUAAAACAUUAUGUGGUACUUGUAAUAUGAAUGUUAAAUAUUGUCCUGGCCAUUUUGGUCAUAUACAAUUAGCAAAACCAAUGUAUCACUAUGGUUUUAUGAAUGUUGUUUUGAAUGUUUUAAGAUGUGUAUGUUAUCAUUGUGGUAGAUUGUUAUGUAAUAUGAAUAAUUCAAAAGUUAAAUAUAUUGAGAAAAUAAAAGUAAAUAGCUUAAGAUUAAGAAAAUUAUCAGAACUAUGUUCGUCUAUAAAGGUUUGUGAUCAUUCUGUACAUGAAGAUUCAUUGAAUAUUAAUGAUAAUUCUAUAGAUAAUUUUUAUAACAAUGAUUUAAGUAAUUUAAACGUAAAUCAGAAAAUGCUUUUAAAUCCAAAUACAUAUAGUAAUAUAUUUGAGAUGGUAAGUAAAGAAGAUGUAGAUUGUGGUUGUGUGCAACCAAAAUACACGAGAGAAGGGCCAAAUAUGUUUAUUCAAUUUUUACAUAGCAGUGAAGAAGAUAUUGAUGAAAGUAAAAGAAAAUUAAGUGCUGAAGAAGCUUUAGAAAUAUUAAAAAAAAUAAGAAAGGAAGAAAUGGGAAUUUUAGGAUUCAAUUCAGAUAGAUGUAUUCCUUCAUCUUUAAUAUUAACAUAUAUACCUAUUCCUCCUCCAUGCGCUAGGCCUUAUGUUCAAUAUGGGAAUCAAAGAAGUGAGGACGAUUUGACUUUAAAAUUAUUAGAUAUUGUAAAAACUAAUAUUCAGUUAAAGAGGCAAACGGAUAGAGGUGCCAAGUCUCAUGUUCUCCAAGAUUUAUGUUCAUUACUACAAUUUCAUAUUACUACUUUAUUUGAUAAUGAUAUUCCAGGAAUGCCUAUUGCUACUACUAGAUCUAAAAAACCAAUUAAGGCAAUAAGAACAAGAUUAAAAGGAAAAGAAGGAAGACUGAGAGGAAAUUUAAUGGGAAAAAGAGUAGAUUUUUCUGCAAGAACUGUAAUUACAGGAGAUCCUAAUUUAGAUAUUGAUUAUAUUGGUGUACCAAAAUCAGUUGCUAUGACUUUAACAUUUUGUGAAACUGUAACUCCAUUAAAUUAUGAAGAUUUAAAAAGAAGGGUAGAAAGAGGGCCCUAUGAAUGGCCAGGUGCAAAAUAUAUUAUAAGAGAUAAUGGAACAAAAUAUGAUUUAAGACAUGUAAGAAAAAGUUCAGAAAAGGAGUUAGAGUAUGGAUAUAAAGUAGAAAGGCACAUGACUGAUGAAGAUUAUAUUUUAUUUAAUAGGCAACCAUCAUUACAUAAAAUGAGUAUUAUGGGGCAUAAAGCAAAAAUAUUACCCUAUUCUACUUUUCGAUUAAAUUUAGCAGUAACAUCUCCAUAUAAUGCUGAUUUUGAUGGAGAUGAAAUGAAUUUGCAUUUAGCUCAAUCUCAUGAAACAAGAUCAGAAAUUAAACAUUUAAUGAUAGUACAAAAACAAAUAGUUUCUCCACAAGGAAAUAAACCUGUUAUGGGUAUAGUUCAAGAUUCUCUGCUAGCUAUUAGAAAAUUUACAAGAAGGGAUAAUUUUUUAUGUAAAGAAGAAGUUAUGUCUUUAUUAAUUUGGAUUCCUUAUUGGAAUCAUGUAAUACCAACUCCUGCUAUAAUAAAACCAAAAGCAUUAUGGACUGGAAAGCAAAUAUUUUCUAUGUUGUUACAGUUUGAUGAUGUGAAUAGAAAUAAUGAUCUACUAAAUAACAAAAUGAAUGAUAAUAAUUUAAAAAAUGAAGAGGAAGUAAAAAGAAAUUGUGUUACAAAAAUAGGAAAUAAUCAACCAAAUAGUCCUUGUUCAAUUGUAGAUAAUAUAAACCAUGUAAGUAAUACAUUUAAUAGUAAUAUAAAACAUCAAGUAAAUAAUAAUGAUAAUUAUAAUUCGUUUAAAAACCCCAAUAUGGUAAAAAUUAAUUUAAUUAGAGAUUCCUCUACUUCAUGUAAAGAUGAUAACCCUUAUUGUUCAGUUAAUGAUGGAAAGGUAAUUAUAAAAAAUAAUGAAUUACUAAGUGGAAUUAUAUGUAAAAGAACUGUUGGUUCAUCUAGCGGUUCUUUAAUUCAUAUAUUAUGGCAUGAAAUGGGUCCAGAUAAAACAAAAGAUUUUAUUUCUGCUUUACAAAAAGUUACUAAUAAUUGGUUAGAGUAUAUUGGUUUUACUGUUAGUUGUUCGGAUAUUAUAGCAAGUAAUAAAAUUUUAGAUAAAGUAAAAGAAAUACUGAAUAAAUCAAAAAAAGAAGUUACAAAAUUAGUUAAAAAAGCACAAAGAGGAGAAUUAGAAUGUCAACCUGGAAAAUCUUUAUAUGAAUCUUUUGAAACAAGAGUAAAUAAUGAAUUAAAUUGUGCUAGAGAAAUGGCAGGAAAAGUUGCUUCUGAAAGUUUAGAUGAAAAAAAUAAUAUUUUUAGUAUGGUUGCAAGUGGAUCUAAAGGAUCUAUAAUUAAUAUAUCACAAAUUAUAUCUUGUGUUGGGCAACAAAAUGUAGAAGGAAAAAGAAUCCCCUUUGGUUUUAAUCAAAGAUCGUUACCUCAUUUUAUUAAAUUUGAUUAUGGACCAGAAAGUAGAGGUUUUGUUUCUAAUUCAUAUUUAAGUGGUUUAUCACCCCAAGAAGUUUUCUUUCAUGCUAUGGGAGGUAGAGAAGGUAUUAUUGAUACAGCAUGUAAAACUUCAGAAACAGGUUAUAUACAAAGAAGAUUAAUUAAAGCAAUGGAAGAUGUAAUGGUCCAGUAUGAUAGAACUGUAAGAAAUUCUUAUGGAGAUAUUAUUCAAUUUUUAUAUGGAGAAGAUGGUAUGGCUGGAGAAUAUGUAGAAGAUCAAAUUAUAGAUUUAAUGAAACUGGAUAAUAAAGAAAUCAAUAAAUUAUAUAAGUAUAAUUUUGAUGAAGAAUCUUAUGGAAAAGAUUUCUAUUUAUGUAAAAGUGAAGAGAGGAAAGAAUCAUAUAUAGAUUACAAUAAACAAAAUAUAUUAAAUCAAGAAUUUGAAGAAUUAUAUAAAUGUAAAAAUUAUUUAUGUAAAGAAAUAUUUCCUGAUGGUGAUAUCAGACAGCAUUUACCCAUUAACAUGAACAGGUUAAUAGAAUAUGCAAAAUCACAAUUCCCAUUUAUCCCCUUAAUCAAUAGUAAAUCUAAGAAUAGAAGUAGUGACAGAAUUCGAUCAAAAAUAAAACUAAAAAAGAAAAAGAAAAAAAAAAAAGUUAAAACGAAUGAUUAUACCCAGAACAACGAUUUAGAUUAUAAUGGAAUAAAUAGCACACAUAAUAAUGUUUCAGAUAACAAUAAUAAUGAACUUUUGUCAGAAAUAAAAAAAGAAUACGAAAAUAAUGAUCUUUCUAAUAUUAUAAAAUGCCAAAAAUCAUAUAAUGAAAUGGAAUCAUUUGAUGAGGAAGCAAAUAAUGAAAUAGAAACAGAUGAUGACAAUGAAGAAGAAGAUGAUAAUGACGACAAUAGUUAUUAUUAUUCUGAUAGUAGUUUUCAAGGGAACAAAAAACAUUUUGAAAAUAUGCUAAAAAGUAACAUAGAACAAGAAGACAAUUCUAUGGUUAAUCCAAUAGAUAUUGUCCAUAAGGUAAAUAAUUUUUUAGAAAAUUUAGUAAUUAUAAAACAAAUUAAUAGUAAUGAUACAUUAUCUUUAGAAGCUCAAAAUAAUGCUACUAUAUUAUUAAAAGCACAUUUAAGAACUUAUUUAAAUUCUAAAUUAUUAACACAAACCCAUAAAAUAAGUCUAAAAGGAAUUGAUUGGUUAUUGCAAGAAAUUGAAAAAAAUUUUUAUAAAUCUUUAUGUCAUCCAGGAGAAUGUGUUGGAGCUUUAGCAGCACAAUCUAUAGGAGAACCGGCUACACAAAUGACUUUAAAUACUUUUCAUUUUGCAGGAGUAGGAUCAAAAAAUGUAACAUUAGGUGUUCCUAGAUUAAAAGAAUUAAUAAAUAUAGUUAAAAAUGUAAAAACACCAUCAACUACUAUUUAUUUAGAUGAUCUUGUCUCUAAUGAUCAACAAAAAGCAAAAGAUAUAUUAACAAAAUUAGAAUAUACUACAUUAAAGCAAUUAACUUCACAUGCUCAAAUAAUUUAUGAUCCAUAUACUACUACCACUAUUCUAGAAGAAGAUAAAUCAUGGGUUAAUGAAUUUUAUGAAUUUCCUGAUGAAGAUGAUACUCAAUAUACAUUAGGAGAAUGGGUUCUGAGAAUUCAAUUAACAAAUAUACAUGUAAAUGAAAAAAAAUUAACUAUGAAAGAAAUAGUUUAUAUUAUUUAUUCUGUUUUUUCGAGUGAUGAAUUAGAUAUUAUAUACACAGAUGACAAUUCAGAAGAUUUAAUUUUAAGAAUAAGAGUUAAGUAUUUAAACGGUGAAUACAAUUUUAUAAAUGAUGAUGAUGAUGAUGAUCAUGGGGACGAAGAAGAGGAAGAAGAUGAUUACAAUAACAUUUCAAAUUCUUUUAAAACUAAAAAGAAUGCUUCACCUGAUUCAAAUAACAAUUUAAAUGAAAAAAAAGAUGAUAAUUUAAGUGUUAAUAGUUAUAAUACUCAAAAAAAUAAUAAUAGUAAUGAAAAUAAAAUAAGGAAUAAUACAAAAGAAGGAGAAAAUGACUAUGAAAAUGAUAAUGAAGAUGACACUCUUUUUGGUAAUAAUGUAAAAAAUAAUAAUGAUAAUUCUAGUAAUAGUAAAAAUAUUUUUUCUAAUUAUGAGAAUAUGAAGGAAUUAGGAAGUCAAGAUGAUAUGUAUAACAAAUCAACGUCAAAGAAUAUGGAUGAUGAUGCCACAUUAAAAAAUAGAAGUAAAACUAAUAAUCCUCUCUUAUCAAAGGAAGAUACAGAAGAUACUUUUUUAAAAAAAUUGAUGGAGCAAUGUUUGUCAACAUUAAAAUUAAGAGGUAUUGAAAAUAUAACAAAAGUUUAUAUGAGAGAAGAAGCAAAAAUAAAUUAUGAUACGGAAAGUGGAAAAUUUAUUAGAAGUUCUCAUUGGGUAUUAGAUACAGAUGGUUGCAAUUUAGAAAAUAUUUUUUGCGCUCCUCUUGUAGAUUAUAAAAAAACUAUAUCUAAUGACAUAGUAGAGAUAUUUGAGGUGUUGGGAAUAGAAGCAGUUAGAAGAGCAUUAUUAAAAGAAUUAAGAACAGUUAUAUCUUUCGAUAGUUCAUAUGUUAAUUAUAGGCAUUUGUCUAUAUUAUGUGACGUCAUGACACAAAAGGGAUAUUUGAUGUCAAUAACAAGGCAUGGAAUAAAUAGAGUGGAUAAAGGACCCCUAAUAAAAUGUAGUUUUGAAGAAACUGUAGAAAUAUUAUUAGAGGCAGCUGCAUUUGCACAAGUAGAUCACUUAAAAGGAAUUACAGAAAAUAUUAUGUUAGGUCAAUUAUGUAAAAUAGGAACAGGUGCAUUUGACAUUAUUAUUGAUAAUCAAAAAUUAAAUGAUGCAAAUCAGAAUUUAGAAACAAUUCAAGAUAUAACAAGUGCAGGAUUUACAACUCCUGAUACCUACCACGGAAUAACACCAGAUGGUCUUCAAUCACCAAUACCAAUAAAUACAUUAAAUUCCCCCUUACCAUUUUCACCAACAUAUAAUUCGAAUUUAUUGUCUCCUACUGCACCUAUAGAUAAUGUUAAUAAUAUAUUAUCACCUCAAUGCUUGCAAAAUUAUCCUGACAAUAUUAUGUCUCCUUCAAAAAAUGAUUUUAAUAAUUUAGACACUUUAAAAUUAGGUGGAAAAUUUUCCCCGACACAUUCUCCUAAAUCUCCUACCUCAAUUGUUCAUUCGCCUUUUUCUCCAUUUGAUCAUCAUAAUCAGCAACCUAUUGAUCCUAAUUUAUUAUUUUCUCCAAAAAGUAACUUAAUGAAUUAUAAUGUUUUUUCACCCAAAGCAAAUAUGAAUAAUAUCCAGUCUCCAAUUAUGUAUUCUCCAAACCCUAUGCUAGAUAUUUUUUCACCUAAACCUCAAAUACAAAGUAACAUUUAUUCCCCAUCAUAUUCCCCUACUUCUCCUUCAUAUAAUGCAGACAAUGUAUAUUACUCACCUACCUCUCCAAAAAAUCAAAUGGACGAUGUUAAAUCAAAUAUAAAAUAUAAUGUUAUGUCCCCUGUCUACUCAGUUACAUCACCAAAAUAUUCUCCUAUGUCUCCUCAAUAUUCACCAACAUCUCCUGUAGCUAACAAUCCUGGUAGCCCUCAUUACUCUCCUUAUUCAAUAACUUCCCCAAAAUUUUCUCCAACUUCUCCUGCAUAUUCCAUUAGUUCUCCAGUUUAUGAUAAAAAUGCAGUACUUAAUAACCAACCACUAUCACCUGCUUAUAUAAUACAAUCUCCUGUACAAGUAAAGCAAAACACACAAGAUGCUCAUAUGUUUUCUCCAAUUCAGCAAACUAAUAAAAAUGAAACUCAAAAUGAUGAUCCAUUUUCACCUAUGCCUUAUAAUAUUGAAGAAGAUGAAAUGAAAGAAGAUUGA